AUGAACCUCCGUGGUCCCCUCACAUCACCCACUCCUCCGGCGGCGCGCGGCGGCCGCGAAGACUGUAGGCGAGGGGCAACCGGUACGCUCAUCGAGGCGUGGGGAGCGUAUUUAAGGCUUAACAGAGGAGACCUCCGUCAGAAGGACUGGCAAGAAGUGCUACCCGUUAACUCCCGUCAAAAUGGCGCGAAGCAGAGGAAAACCGACGUCCAAUGCAAGAACCGGAUCGACACGUUGAAGAAGAAAUACAAGCUGGAAAGAACCACCCCGCCGUCAAAAUGGCCGUUUUUCAAACGCAUCGACUCCCUCAUCGGCGCUAACGCCUCCGUCAAUAAAAGGCAUCCCGCCGUUACUUUCACAAUCAAAACAAAAGCGACAUCUUUUCUGAAGGGGCCGAGGUCGACGGAGAGCUCGUUUGGCGACGAGGACGGAGACGAGGACGAGGUGAGAAAAGAGCAUCGAGUGGAGGACGUAGGAUUAUCCGAUGGAGCUGCGUGUAGGGAAUUAGCGAGAGCGAUUUUGAAGUUCGGGGAGAUCUAUGAGAGGAUCGAGAGCUCGAAGCAACAGCAGAUAGGACUUGAGAAACAGAGAAUGGAGUUUACCAAGGAUCUGGAGUUUCAAAGAAUGAACAUGCUUGUAGAUGCUCAGUUGGAGAUGGAGAAAUCGAAGCGGCAAAAGCAUUUGACUCGCCCAGGGAAGAAGCACUAG